UAAUUUUAAAAUCCUCUCAGAGUUUGACUACACCCCUUAAACAUUCUAACAGCCGAACUGAACGCCGAAACCUACACGGCGAUAAUGGAGGACUCGAAACCAGCCGGCAAGCUAUCGACGUUUUUGGACUCCGGCGUGUACCGGUUCGAAGACUCGACCGCCGUUUUCAUCGAUCCGGUUCGCGUCCUCAACCGCUCCUACACCCGGUUCAGGGUGUCCCCUUCCGCCUACUACUCCCGCUCAUUCAAAUCCAAAAUUCAAGAGCCUAGGGUUUGUUCGAAUUCCAGAAAGCGGAAGCGGAAGGAGAAGAAGCCUCAGAAUCUCAAUGAAGAACGCGCCGCCGAUCAACGCCACCAGGAAGCAAGACCUUUUUUGCUGAAGGCGCAUAAAUCUCUACUUAGAUCAACUGAGCUUUUAGAGGUUGUGAGCAAUUUGAGGGAUGAUUUCGAUAAUUCAGCUUCGUCUCCCGGCACUACGCAGUCGCUGGUUGAACUCGGGCGGGUCUGGCAGGCGCCGCUGUAUGAGAUAACUUUAAAUUCGCAAUCACAUGACAAUGCAAGCGAAGAUGGAGGUUCCCCUGUCAUGGAAUACUGUAAACAACGAGCAGUUCCUGUGUUUAACAACUUAGUCGUUAAUGAGACCAGUGAAGAUGUGGAGGCUGAACUUUUGGGCAGUCGAUAUAUCUUACCUCCAGAGAGUUCCUUCUACAUGUCUGAUCUGGGGCAGAUUCACAAUCUAAUUCCUGAGUCUGAUUGUGGCUUCAAUCUUAUUGUUGUUGAUCCACCAUGGGAAAAUGGAAGUGCGCGUCAAAAGCUGAGGUACUCAACUUUGCCCAACCGAUAUUUCUUAUCCCUUCCCAUCAAGCAAUUGUGUCACACAAAUGGAGCACUUGUUGCUUUAUGGGUGACCAACAGGGAGAAGUUGCGUGGCUUUGUCGAGAAGGAACUUUUUCCUGCAUGGGGAGUCGAAUAUGCUGCUACUUUUUUCUGGUUGAAGGUCAAAGCAGAUGGUUCUUUGAUUGGCGAUUUGGACCUCUUUCAUCACAGGCCAUAUGAGUGCCUUCUAUUAGGCCUUUGUCCAGGGGAGGCUACGGACGACAAUUCAAGAUCCAAACCUAUACCAGAUAAUCAAAUCAUGUUAAGCAUACCAGGAGACUACUCAAGGAAGCCCCCGGUAGCAAGAUUUUUACAGGAGUAUUCUCCUACACUCCAACGUAAUCGGUGUGUUGAACUAUUCGCCAGAGAAAUGACUGCCGGAUGUGUUUCUUGGGGGAAUGAACCCCUUCAUUUUCAGGAGUCAGGAAAUUUUACGAGGGGGUAGCUGCUUGUAAUUUGCAUCCCAUACGCUAAACGACGUUGUGUUGUUUAUCUUUGUACCGAUUCUUUUAUUAUCUUUUGCUUUAUUGGGAAAUUGUAUUCUUGUAGAAGUAAAUGUUGGCGGGAUCAGAUUUGGAUGAAGGGUGUGCUAUCAACAUGCCAUUUUUUACUUCUCACGUCUUUAUUAAUUUAUGUUCUUUGAUUUUUUUCAAUUUAUUUGAUCGGACGGUUAAAAAUUAGAAGGGUAUAUGAGAAAUAAAAAGGGGUGUGGAUAUCACACCACUUAGAUGAAA